AUGGAACCCCCGGAAGAGGCCGAAGAGACACUGCAGACAAAGCUUGAGUCUGAGAAGCCUGCUCCGGUUUCUUCCAGGGUUGUGGCAUUGGCGAACUUGAUGCCAGUUGAUGAUUUAGUUGACGAGCUCGAUAGCUACAUUUGUUUGGAUUGGACUAUUGAUUGCUUUGAUCAGGCUGGGCACCAGAUAAUCGUUAGCUAUGCUGAAUGCAUGGGAGUGCCCCUAUUUAGAAGGAGAAUACAAGGAUCCACAAGGCAUGAGAAGCUUAGCUACACAACAACUCCAGGUGAUGAAGUUGAAGAUAUGUUCAUUUUGUUAAAUGAAGUGAAAAAGCAAAUACCUUCUGUUGGUGCAGUAUCUUCUGGUGCCAUUGCAUCAGAUUAUCAGAGGCUACGGGUGGAAAGUGUGUGUUCAAGGUUAGGGCUUGUUUCUCUAGCAUAUUUGUGGAAACAAGAUCAGUCAUUGCUCCUUCAGGAAAUGAUAACAAGUGGGAUAUUGGCUAUUACCGUAAUGGUCGCUGCAAUGGGGUUGGACCCUGCAAAGCACUUGGGCAAAGAUUUAGCUUCCCUGAGUCCCUAUCUGCAUAAGUUGAACAAGUUGUAUGGAAUUAAUGUUUGUGGUCAAGGAGGGGAAUAUGAAACAUUAACACUUGAUUGCCCUCUCUUUGUUAAUGCUCGGAUUAUGCUCGAUGACUCUCAAGUUAUUCUGCACUCUUCAGAUUCUAUUGCUGCAGCUGCGGUCCUUCAUACCUUAGCUUUUCAUUUGGAACAUAAGAAAUUGCAUUGUUCUUUGCCUGGCAGUGGUGAAACCCACGAGAUCUGUCUGGAGAAUAAGGGUUCUAUCUUUGAAGUGGAGGGAGACAGCUCACAAGUAUGUGACGCUGCAGUCCAGUCUGCUGUUGAAGUCCUUGACUCGAUCAUUAUUGCAGAAAAUAAGCUUCACAUUUCGAGAACACAAAAAGGUGAUACGUUUUCCAUUUGUUGCUGGUUGGACCAUUCAAGCAAAUCUUCAGCAGGCGUACAAGAAGAGUUGACAGUUGUGCUAAGGAAAAUGGAAUUGAAACUUGCGGAAUAUGGUUUUGGAUGGGAAAAUGUCCUCUAUAUUCAUCUCUAUAUUGUUGAUAUGAAGGAAUUUGCAACAGCAAAUGAAACAUAUGUGAGAUUUAUCAAACAGGAGAAAUGCUGUUUUGGUGUCCCAUCGCGCAGUACAAUUGAAUUGCCUUUACUGGAAGUGGGGUUGGGUAAUGCAUACAUGGAAGUUUUAGUGGAAAAUGACCAUACCAAAAGAGUUCUACAUGUACAAAGUAUUUCCUCUUGGGCUCCCAGUUGUAUUGGACCAUAUAGCCAGGCAACACUGCACAAGAAUAUACUUCAUAGGGCCGGGCAAUUAGGGCUUGAUCCUCCCACAAUGAUCUUAUGUGAGGGGGGCGUCACUGCUGAGAUGGAAAAGGCAUUAGAAAACAGUGAAGCUGUGGCAAAAUGUUUUAAUGGUUCAAUAUCUACUUCAACUAUUGUAUUUGUCAUUUACUGUUCAGCAUGUAUUCCCUCAUCUGAGAGACAUCAGAUUCAAGAUAAGCUAGAUGUAUUCCUUAAGCAAAUAAGGCCUUCCCAUUUCAACAAAUCGAGCAUAUAUGAAGCUGUUGAUCCCAUUUUUCUGUAUAUCCUAGCCCCUGAUCUGCCAAAAAGCUUAGAAUUGGACAAAAACCAGUCGAGUUUUGCUGAGAAAAGGAUAACUACAAUUAGCAUCUGGUUUUGCCGAGAAAAAGAGAAGAUGAAGAAGAAAAUUGGGUCUGGUUUUGCAGAGAAGUGGAAGCAACUCGGUUUAGAAAAUUAUUUGAAUAGGUUUAGAAAUUUGAGUCUGGUUAUGCAUGCAGAGAAGAGAAGAGGAGAAGACGAAGAAGAGUAUUGGGGUAUUCAGUUUACAAAUGGUAAAAAUGAAAAUUAA